GUCUACCCGUGGCGACGGUUGCGAAGGCGCGUCGCUGAUUUCGCGUUGCCGCGACGACUUGUGCCCGCGGACGAUUCCCGACCGUUGCCGCCGCCGACUAGUUCGGCUGCAUGGGUGCACUGCUUUGCUGGGCUGGAGAGGUGCGCGUGGCUUUCUAAAUGCGUCUCCCUUCUCUCCACCACGCCGCCAACGCCGCGACGAUGUCUUGAAGCGCUGCGCCGAGCUCCCUACCGGGCUGCAGGAAUCGGGCGCCUUCUUCUUCUUCUAACCACUAGCACCACCGCUCGCUCGAAGGCUGCGUCGUGAAGAGAGGAGGCGAGUGCGGCGGCUGGCGUGGAUCUCUGCUGCGACUACCGGCACCUUUCAUGUUCGCUUCGCCGAUGGAUAGGCCGGUGUACACGCGCGUUGACACGGAUAAUGCCGCCCGUCAUCGGCCCGACGCAGCGUAGAAGAAAGAAGGUUUGCCGAGAUUCAGCUUGAGCCUACCGUGCUCAAAGAUGGCGUCGUCGGGCGCGCCGGCGACCUCGACGCCACCUGGCAUGGACUCUCGGCGCAGCUGGGUGGUGCUGUUCUUCCUCAGCUGGUGCAUGAUGAUGACCACCGUGAGCGUGCGGGCCGCAGGCGUCAUCUACGUGGGCCUCGUCGACCACUACCAAACCAGCCGCGAGGAGGCCUCUCUCCCUCUCACCAUACACAUGACCGUCCUCUGCUCCGCAUCGCUCAUCGGAGGCUACCUGUGCGAGCUGUGUUCGUACGAGGCGGUGUCCCUGGGCAGCGUGCUCAUCACGGCGACGUCCAUGAUGAUUUGCUACUUCGCUCCCAACAUCGACUUCAUCAAUUUCUUCUUCGGCGUCCUUCACGGCGGAGCGACCUCGGGCAUCUUCGUGGUCGCCAACGUGCUGCCGUCGCUGUACUUCAAGAAGUGGCGCGCCACGGCCACCAGCAUCGUGUGGUCCUCGCAGUGCUACAACGUCUACUUCAUCCCGCAGCUGGCUAACUACUUCCGCGUCACGUACGGCACGCCCGAGCUGUUUCUGCUCAUUGGCGCCCUCUGCCUCAAUGCCCUGCCGGCGUGCAUCGUCAUCAAGACCCCGUCGUGGGCCCUGAAGGCCCGCAAGACCUCUCCAGCUCGCCGGGGAGUUGCCUCCUCGGAGGGCGACGUGGGCCUGAAGAAGGCCGAGGCUUACGGCGUCGCCAAGUGCAAUAUCCACGACGCAUCGGGCGCCGCAGAAAUGGAGGGGAUGCUGGACUCCAAGGCACUUCGACGGAUUCCUCGGCAGUGAAGAUCGUCUGCAGCCCCAACAAAGACCUAACAGACGACAGGGUCAUCGGGUCCAGUUGCGACGCUUUGGGCGUGCGCGA